AUGUACUCGUGGUGCACAUAUCAGCUGCACAAGACUGCACUAAGUAUUUACACUUCCCGAAAGUCUUAUACCGUCUCAACACAUACGGUACAACACAAGAUACUAUUCCCCAUGAUCUCGUUCAAUCUCAAGGGUAGCAAAGCGGAUACAAGACCCAAGAAGGAACAGCGGCCGGAGGAAUCGCAUGGAUCGCUUUUCGAGAUCGAGAAGGAAACCUCAAAUGUCAAGCAAGUGUCCGAAUUUGUUGCCGGAGAGCUUCCCGAAAAAGAACGACUCAAGCUAGAAGAGGAGACCCGUCUCCGAGAAGAGAAGGCCAAGACCAAGAAGAUCAUUUAUCUGGAGGAGAAGAACUGGCGACAGGAUCUGGUCGAGAGGCGAGAAGCUGAUCUGGCUCAAGAGGAAGAGAACCCACCAAAAAACGAAGAGGUAGAGGAGUGGAAGCCUCAGUACGGGCUUUCUGUAUUUGCUUCUCGAGGUGGUAAGAUUCAGGAACAACGGGAACUGCAGGCACUGCGGCAGGAUAUCAAUGCACUUCCAGAUAUGGCGUCGGUAGAAGACUACGCUUCGAUGCCCGUGGAGGACUUUGGAGCUGCCUUGUUUCGAGGUAUGGAAAGUGCGUUGCCCCAGAGGGUCGUUACACAGGCCGCUAAGGUGCCCGAUAAGCGGCCUGCGUUGUUGGGACUCGGUGCUAAAACGCUGGAGGAGCAUUUACCUGAGGAAUUAGGGACCUGGGGCAAGGCUUCCCGUCCCAAACCAGAGUACACGCCUGUCGUAAUGCGAAACGUGCGUACCGGCGAGAUUGUCGACGAGAAGCAGGUGGAGAAGGAGAGGGAGAGUGAGAGAGAUGGAGCUAUUGAUCAGGAAAGAGAAGGAAGCUAUGACUCCCGAAGAGAUCGGGACUCAAGAAGACCCCAUAGCUCUCGUGAUCGCGACCGUGAUCGAGAAAGGAGUCCUAAAAGAUCCUCAAGACGUGAUCGAGAUAGACGAGACGAUGAUAGAGAUCGGGACAGAGGAGAUAGAGAUAGGAGAGGUCGUCGAGGAGAGGAUGAUAGAAGCAGCCAAACGGACAAUGACAGAAGAAGACGAGAUAGAGGAGGUGAAAGAGACAGGGAUCGCCGGGACCGGGACGAGAGGGACCGCCGAGAUCGUGAUAGAAGAGAUAGAAGAGAUAGAGAUCGUGACAAUAAUCGUCGAGAUCGAGACAGGGACCGGGCUCGUCGUCGUUAA